CUGAUGGUGAUGGAAUACCUGACUAUUUAGAUGAUGAUGAUGACGGUGAUGGAAUCCCUGAUAACCUAGAUGAAGAUGAUAACGGUGAUGGCAUUCCAGAUUGGAUGGAGGGCAAAAUUGAUUUGACUGUUGACAGUGAUGGAGAUGGAAUCCCAGAUUACUUAGACGAUGAUGAUGACAAUGAUGGUAUCCCUGACAUUUAUGAUGACGAUGACGAUGGUGAUGGUAUACCAGACUCUGAACAAGACACUGACGGUGAUGGUAUCCCUGACUAUUUAGACAAUGAUGAUGACAAUGAUGGUAUACCUGACUCAGAAGAUGAUGACGAUGAUGGAGAUGGGAUUCCCGACCAUUUGGAAGGUAUUGACCUGCUAAAGGACACUGAUGGUGAUGGAAUCCCCGACUACUUGGAUGACGACAUUGAUGGAGAUGGAAUUCCGAAUGAUUUAGACACUGAUGAUGGUGAAGACGAUGACGAACAAGGAAGAUGUACUAAGGAAUCAUGUAAACAAGAGCCUCUCUGGGAGCCGGAAAUUCCAAAGGAAGAGUACGAUAUUGGGCAUAUGAUCUACAACUACUUUUUUCCACCUGCAGAGCCUGAGAAACCAGAGAAGAAAACAAGAUCAUAAAAGAUGUGAUACCGAUUGCUCAAUUUUUCCAUACUUUGAAUAUUAGGUGGAUAGCUAGCUAGAAAUACAUUUGGCACACAUGGAUACUGCUAUUCUUUCA